UUCCCCGCGGCCGCAAUAGUGGAAGCCAGGAGAAGCGCCAUGGAACACGUGACGGAGGGUUCAUGGGAGACGCUGCAGGUGCCGCUGCAUCCUCGGGUGCUGGGCGCGCUGCGCGAGUUGGGCUUUCCGCACAUGACGCCGGUGCAGUCUGCCACCAUCCCUCUGUUCAUGAAAAACAAAGAUGUCGCUGCAGAAGCUGUGACAGGUAGUGGAAAAACCCUGGCUUUUGUCAUCCCCAUUGUGGAGAUUCUUCUGAGAAGGGAAGAGAAGUUAAAGAAGAGCCAGGUAGGAGCCAUCAUCAUCACCCCCACACGGGAGCUGGCCAUUCAGAUCCAUGAGGUCCUGUCCCACUUCACGAAGCACUUCCCACAGUUCAGCCAGAUUUUGUGGAUCGGAGGCCGGAACCCUGGAGAAGAUGUGGAGAGGUUCAAGCAGCAUGGUGGGAAUAUCGUUGUGGCAACCCCAGGCCGCCUGGAGGACAUGUUCCGGAGGAAGGCUGAGGGUCUGGACCUGGCCAGCUGUGUGAGGAGCUUGGAUGUCCUGGUGCUGGAUGAGGCAGACAGACUUCUUGACAUGGGCUUUGAAGCAAGCAUAAACACAAUCCUGGAGUUUUUGCCAAAGCAGAGGAGAACAGGCCUUUUCUCAGCCACACAGACACAGGAAGUGGAGAACUUGGUGCGGGCGGGCCUCCGGAACCCAGUCCGAAUCUCCGUGAAGGAGAAGGGCGUGGCAGCCAGCAGCACACAGAAGACACCCUCCCGCCUAGAGAACCAUUACAUGAUCUGUAAGGCAGAUGAGAAAUUCAAUCAGCUGGUCCAUUUCCUUCGGAACCAUCAGCAGGAGAAGCACCUGGUCUUCUUCAGCACAUGUGCGUGUGUGGAAUACUAUGGAAAGGCCCUGGAGGCGCUGCUGAAGAGAGUGAAGAUCUUGUGCAUCCAUGGGAAGAUGAAGUACAAGCGCAAUAAGAUCUUCCUGGAGUUCCGCAAGCUGCAGAGUGGGAUCUUGGUGUGCACUGACGUGAUGGCCCGGGGAAUUGAUAUUCCUGAAGUCAACUGGGUUCUACAGUACGACCCUCCCAGCAAUGCCAGCGCCUUCGUGCAUCGCUGUGGACGCACAGCUCGCAUCGGCCACGGUGGCAGCGCUCUGGUGUUCCUGCUACCGAUGGAGGAGGCGUACAUCAACUUCCUGGCCAUCAACCAGAAGUGCCCUCUGCAGGAGAUGAGCCUCCAGAGGAACACGGUAGACCUUCUGCCGAAGCUCCGGGCCAUGGCCAUGGCCGACAGGGCAGUGUUUGAGAAGGGCAUGAAAGCCUUCGUGUCCUUCGUCCAGGCUUACGCAAAGCACGAGUGCAGCCUCAUCUUCAGGCUGAAGGACCUUGACUUUGCCAGCCUUGCUCGAGGCUUUGCCCUGCUGAGGAUGCCCAGGAUGCCAGAACUGAGGGGGAAGCAGUUCCCAGACUUUGUGCCCACAGACAUCGACACUGACACGAUUCCAUUUAAAGAUAAAAUUAGAGAAAAACAGAGGCAGAAACUGUUGGAGCAAAAAAGAAAAGAGAGAACAGAAAAUGAAGGGAGAAGAAAAUUCAUCAAAAACAAAGCUUGGUCAAAGCAGAAGGCCAAAAAGGAGAGGAAGAAGAAGGUGAAUGCCAAAAGGAAAAAGGAUGAGGGUUCUGAUAUCAAUGACGAGGAUAUGGAGGAACUCCUUAAUGACACAAGGCUCUUGAAAAAGUUUAAGAAAGGGAAAAUCACGGAAGAAGAAUUUGAGAAGGGGCUGUUGACAGGCACCCAAAGGACAGUCCAGCUGACAGACUUAGGGGUCUCAGACUCGGGAGAGGACAGCUGACCUCAGAGCCUCCGGUGAAGGUCAUUACACAGCUGGCCCCACCCC